AUGCCUAAGGAAGAACCAUCUUACUCACUAAGAAGUAGAGGAGACGCGUCCCACUCUGACGGUUUACCUCCAGUAACGCGGAAGAAACGUGAUUUUCAAUUUUCCAAUCAAACGGCAGAUUCGGGUCUCGGGAAUUCACACGUCCCAGAAUAUACUUCCGACGAAAGUUCAGGUGAAGAAUUAAAUAAUAAAACUGAUAAUACUGUCCAAAAUCUAAAUACUAGCAAUAACUUAAUUCAAAAUAUUCCUUCCAUUCAAAUAGGGCCGGUAAAUCGGGAAGAAAAUAUUGUACCAAAUAACGACCCAAAUAAUCCGGAAAAUAUGGUACUACUGGCCAAUCAGACGAUUUCUCUUAACGAUGCACUCGUUUGCGUACCGAGAUUCGAUGGGAACGACAGUGAUUUAAUAGACUUCGCGAGUUGUUGUCGGGAUGCUAAAGCGAUGUUACCCGCAGCCGUCGAAGGAAAUUUGGUUAAAUUAAUUUACGGUAGGGAGUUGGGUCGUAUUUACCAAAAAGAAAACGAGUCCGUGAUUGAUUACGUCAAUAGACUACGGCAAAAAUCUAAGGAAAUUACCGAGUGGUUUCUUUCAAAUAAUUUAGAAGCUACCGAAGACCAAGUUACCGAAUUCAAAAACCAAAUAGACGCGUCGGUCGCGGAAUGUUUCACUCAAAACCUAAGAAAUGAAAUUGAUCAAAGAAUGCCAGCAUGCGUGACGGUAGAAGACGCGUUGGCAAAUGCUAUUCAAAUAGAGAAAAAAUUAAACGCGCGUAAUGAACUUAGGAAAGAUCCAAAUGAAAGGGAAAUAGAUGCAAAGAAAUCAAAACCGGUGAAAUUCAUUUCAAAUAAUAAUAAUUCUAACAAUUCCGAUAAAUUAAGAAAUUUGACGGACAAAACUAAUAGCGCUAAUAAUAAUUUUAAUAAACCAAACACUAGUAAAUUACAGAAUUCACAAAUGAGGUGUCACCGGUGUCAAAAACCGGGACAUUUCGCUAGAGAAUGCCCAGAAUCAGCAGCGGAAAAUUGUCAAAUUUGUAAUAAAUCAGGACACUCUGUGACAGGGUAA